GCAAAUAUUGAUACAAAACACUAGACGUACGGAUUGAAUUUAUGAUUAUACGAGUUUUAUAUUUUAUCCUCUAAGUGACGCUGUUGCCUGGUAAAUCAAUUUUUGCCGUGCCCUGUUGUUUCCUCCCUCGUCACUGCAUUUUACACCAGCAGAUAAUCAACGUUUCAUACGUCCUGGUGUUCGUCGAAAACAAACUGCUUUACAUUUCUCAUGCCAGUCUAGGUUAAUCUUGAAUUCAUUUUCCUGAUUCAGUUAAACUCUUGAUUUCGUUGCUCGGAUCGUUGGAAGACCCCGUUUUCAAAUGGCAUUUAAAGAUCAGCUACGACGCAGUGGUGUAAGAUGGCGAAUGCGACGGGCAGUAAAGCUGUUUGUUUUUCAGUUUAUUUUCCUUUAUCAAACGGAGGCACAGUUUCGAUAUUCCAUCCCAGAGGAGUCGAAGAAAGGGUCUCUUGUUGGCAACGUCGCGCAGGACCUUGGUUUGGACUUGAAAAGGCUUCGAUCGGGCCGGGCCCGUAUCGUGACUGGAGAAAGCAUACAGUACACCGAGCUGAAGACAGACAAAGGGACUCUAGUUGUGAAAGAGAGGAUAGAUCGAGAGCAGCUUUGUGGAGAUGUGACACCGUGCAGCUUCACAUUUGAGAUUUUAUUGGAAAACCCUAUGGAGUUGCACCCCGUGACCAUUGAAGUACUGGACGUAAACGACAACUCCCCCACUUUUCAAAACCGUCACCUGGAUUUCGAAAUAAGCGAAUCUGCUGCGCUUGGUUCUCGUUUUGUUUUAGAAAGUGCGGAUGAUGCUGAUGUUGGUGAAAAUGAUCUGCAGAACUACAUUUUAACUCCGAACGACAAUUUUGUUUUGAAACAACACGUUAAUCCGGACGGGAGUAAAUACGCUGAAAUGGUGCUACAGAAACCCUUAGACAGAGAAGAACAGCCACGCCUGUCUCUAAAACUGCUGGCUGUAGACGGUGGAAAUCCUCAAAGAUCUGGUACAGUAGAUAUUGAUGUUAAUAUUCUAGAUGCCAAUGACAAUACUCCCGUAUUUAAUCAAACGGUGUAUAAGGCCGCAGUGAUUGAAAAUGCGCCAAAGGGCACUUAUGUUAUUACCGUGAAUGCGAGCGACAAAGACAGCGGACCAUAUGGACAAGUAACAUAUUCCUUUUCAAAAUCAAAAGCGGGAAUCGCUGAACUGUUCAAUAUAGACGAGGCUACUGGAAGAAUAUAUGUGACAAAUGAAAUCGAUUUUGAAAAGGACAGGAAGAUUGAGUUUAGAGUUGAAGCUAAGGAUCAAGGAGGACUUACAGAUUCGAGCAAAAUUGAAAUUGAGAUUAUUGAUGUAAAUGAUAAUGCUCCGGUUAUUACCGUUAUGUCAUUCACUAGUCCUGUGUCAGAAGACUCUCCUGUUGGUACGACUAUUGGCAUUAUUAAUGUAAAAGAUAUCGAUUCGGGUGAAAACGGACAAAUAAGGUGCACAAUCGAAGGCAAGGGUCCUUUUAAAAUUAAAUCCAAUGUGAGAAAUUAUUACGCACUAACAACAGAUGCUGCAUUAGAUCGUGAGAAUCUGUCACAGUGCAACAUCACCGUUAUUGCCUCGGAUGCAGGCUCGCCUCCUCUCUCAAGCAGGAAAACGUUUCAUCUGAAGGUCUCGGAUGUCAAUGACAAUGCCCCAAUAUUUCCGAGAACAAUCUAUGAUGCGUUUAUUGUAGAGAAUAACUCUCCGGGUGUUUCUGUUCUAAGUGUCAAUGCUAAAGAUCUCGAUGAAAACCAGAACGCCCGGGUUUCCUACAUUUUGGAGGGGUGUGAAAUUAGUGGCUCUCCCGUAUCUGAAUAUGUUUCCGUUAAUGCCGAAAGUGGCGUUGUUCGUGCAGUUCGCUCAUUUGAUUACGAACAGAUCAAAGAACUGGUCUUUAUAGUGAAAGCUCAGGAUGGAGGCUCUCCUCCACUCAGCAGCAAUGUAACAGUGAAAAUCAUGAUCCAGGACCAGAACGACAACCCUCCUCAGGUUCUGUAUCCAGUCCAGACUGGUGGCUCUCUGGUGGCUGAGAUGGUUCCUCGUUCAGCAGAUGUGGGCUAUCUGGUGACUAAAGUGGUGGCUGUUGAUGUGGACUCUGGACAGAAUGCCUGGCUCUCCUAUAAACUACAGAAAACCACAGACAGGGCGCUGUUUGAAGUGGGCUUACAGAAUGGAGAAAUCAGAACUAUCCGCCAAGUGACUGAUAAAGAUGCUGUGAAACAAAGACUGACUGUUAUAGUGGAGGACAACGGGCAGCCCUCUCGUUCAGCUACAGUCAUUCUUAACGUGGCGGUGGCGGACAGCUUCCCUGAAGUGCUGUCGGAGUUCACUGACUUUCCACACGACAAGGAGUACAAUGAUAACCUGACUUUUUACUUAGUGUUGGCUCUGGCUGUAGUUUCCUUCCUCUUCAUCACGUGUUUAGUGGUUAUCAUAUCAGUGAAGAUCUACAGGUGGAGACAGUCUCGCAUCCUGUAUCACUCCAACCUCCCUGUGAUUCCAUAUUAUCCACCACGUUACUCAGACACUUUGGGGACAGGGACUCUCCAACACGUGUACAAUUACGAGGUGUGCAGGACGACUGACUCCAGAAAGAGUGACUGUAAGUUCGGCACAGCUGGUAGUCAGAACGUGUUGAUAAUGGACCCCAGUUCUACAGGGACGAUGCAGCGGAUGCAGAAUGAGAAGAGCAUCCUGGAUGAACCAGACUCUCCUUUAGAGGUCAGUUGA